AAAUGCCAUUAGUCCCCUGAGGGCUCCAGAGUUAAUACCACACACAUAUAUACAGUAUAUAUAUAUAUGUUCAGACACACAGGGAAGGUUUUAUGGCUUCCUAAAACACAUCACCCCGUUACAUUGAAACAGAAUCCAUUCAGGGUUCAGGUUACCUUGUGUUUGAGUGAGUGUGUGGCUGUGUGCGCUGGGAAGGAAUCCUACAGCUCCAAUGCAGUAUUGCUGAUAGGGUGAAUGUCUUGGUGGGAGAAGGGCCCUGCAUUGUUCCAUCCAAAGGUGCCUGAUUGCUGUCGGGCAGCCGCCGUAGCGGCAGGGGUGCUGGCUUGGGAUCGGGCAGAGUGGGUGCAGCAGUGCUGCUGUGGGAUUUCAUCUGUGCUGGGCUACAGAGUGGGAGGAUCACACUGGGAGACUAAUAAGGACACUGCCGUCUCUCCCCUCUGCCACUUUUUGGGAGGUUGAAAUUCAGUCAACUUCAACUCUCGAAUCUUUUUAACGGGAAUUACUGACUUGGACUCAAGUGAAUAACUUGUAUGUGGAACACAUGAUUUCUCUUGGAUAUGGAUUAUAUAAUUCUUUGGAUGGUUUACUUUGGAAUGAAAAUCCUGUUCCCUGUUUCUUCAUCGAUGGCACUGUCAAACCGAACAGUAUGUCCAAUUUUAAGGACUGAUGGAGUUGAAACUAGACAAAUUUACAAGCAAGAUGUUGAUAUGUCAGGCUAUGACCUUGCUGAACGUUUUUCUCUUAGACAGAUAUCAUGCGGCAGUGAGCAUACAUGUUUUAAGCUUGGAAGUACGCCGCUUAUUAAAGAGACAAUACAACUUUUUCCAAAUGGAAUUCCUGAUGAAUAUUCUUUUGUAGCCACAUUCCGUGUAAGGCGCACUACUAAAAAGGAGCGAUGGUAUUUGUGGCAAACAAUGUCCCGCUUUGGCAAUCCCCAGGAUUCCAUUCUAAUUGAUGGUAACAAGAAAGUAGUGGAGUUUACAACUAAGCAUAAUGGAGUAAUCACUUUACAGUACACAUUUAAAAGCCGGGAGCUUCAUCAUCUCUUUGAUCGUCAAUGGCACAAACUUGGACUUAGCAUAGAGUCCAAGAUUAUUUCUCUUUAUAUCGACUGCAAGCUAAUUGAAAGAAGACAGACUGAUCGUAAGGACGGUAUAGACAUGCAAGGCAGUUCAGUUAUUACAACGCGUGCCUCUGAUGGCAAACCUGCUGAUAUUGAACUCCAGCGAAUAACAAUUUACUGCAGCCCAAAGCGUGCAGCUCAGGAAAACUGCUGUGAGGUAUCUGAUGGAAUGUGUCCGUCUCAGGAAAGCCUUCAAACCACUGCUUCAGCAAUUGUAUCUGAGAAGAUAAAUUCCCUUCAGUCGACAGAUGUAGUUGCCAAAGAUCAGUGCCCCUGCUUGCCAUAUAAGGGGGAUCCUGGUUUGCCAGGAGUCGCAGGCCUACCAGGGCAGAAAGGAGAAAAGGGACUCCAGGGUGAGAAUGGAACUAAAGGGGAUAUUGGUAUUCCUGGACAGAUUGGCGAAAAGGGAGAAGAAGGUACAAGUGGAUCCACUGGACUAAAGGGAGAACCUGGUCACAAUGGAAGCAAAGGAGAAAAAGGAGAAAUGGGUGAAAAGGGAAACCAAGGAGAAAUUGGACCCUUUGGACUACCUGGGAAUGAUGGCUCGGAUGGCAGACCAGGCAUUCAAGGUCCAAUUGGCCCCAAGGGAGAAAAGGGCGAAGUUGGACCACCGGGGCCAGCUGUAUUACCUAUUGUAGCUGGUGGUAUAAAAGGAGAUAAGGGUCCAGAAGGUCCUCAAGGUCCUCCAGGGAAUGAAGGUCAGAGGGGAAGGAGAGGAAAACCUGGGCCCCCUGGCAAUCCUGGACCAUUGGGACCACCUGGUGUGCCUGGAGAGAGCGGACCCAGUGGCAAGAAAGGGGACAAGGGGGAUGUUGGUCAAAGAGGAUUGCCCGGCCUGCCAGGACUGGUUGGGUCUGUUUCAAAAGGGGAAAAGGGAGAACCAGGGGGAACUGAUAACAAAGGAGAGCAAGGUGUUAAGGGAGAAACUGGAAAUCCAGGAUUACCAGGGAUGACUGGCCUCCCAGGAAUACAGGGUCAAAAAGGGGAACCUGGUGCAAUUGGACAACCAGGGGAAAUGGGGUUACGAGGAGAACAUGGCAUUCCUGGGAAGCAGGGCGUUAAGGGUGAUAAGGGAGAGCCUGGUGGUGUUGAAGGACCUAUUGGUCCUCCAGGCCCAAAAGGUGAUACAGGACCACCAGGAGCCGGUUUACAAGGUGAGCCGGGACCAAGUGGAACCUCUGGUGCACCUGGCCCAAGGGGCCCUAAGGGAGAAAGAGGGUUGCCAGGUGUACAAGGAUUGCCUGGAGAAGCUGGACCACCUGGGACUGGUGUAGAAGGCCCUCAAGGACCAAGAGGUCCACCAGGAGAACCGGGUAUCCAGGGUCCGCGAGGUCUUCCAGGAGUGCCAGGACUUCCGGGUGCAGAGGGUGUCCCCGGCAGAGACGGAAGGCCAGGAUUGCCAGGGCCUCCAGGUGACCCAAUUGCACUUCCACUUCUUGGUGACAUUGGAGCAGUACUAAAGAAUGUUUGUAGCCACUGUCCAAUUGGGGGCCCAGGUAAUACAGGAAUUAAAGGCGAGAAGGGAGAUGAAGGGAUUAUCGGUCAGCAUGGAGUUAAGGGUGAUCCUGGUCCCAGGGGCCCUUCAGGAGUACCUGGUAAAGAAGGACCAAAGGGAAUCAAAGGUGAACGUGGAUUCCCUGGACUCUCUGGAGAAAAAGGCGAUCAGGGAAUGCAAGGUAUUCCUGGACUUCCUGGCUUGAUAGGACCUCCCGGACCUUCAGGGCAUUUGGGGAGACCCGGACAUCCAGGGCCAGCCGGCUCCAAAGGUGAAAAGGGAAAUGAGGGUUCUCCUGGCGUUCCUGGACCUCCUGGGCCUCCUGGCAUACCUGUUCCUGAAAGAAAUGGGAUGGGAAGUCUCUAUAAGAUACAGGGGGCUGCAUCUGCUGUCUAUAUGGGACCACCUGGUCCACCUGGUCCUAAAGGUGACCAAGGUCCCAUGGGAGAAGCAGGCCCUAUGGGAUUACCAGGCUUGGAAGGGCUCCCAGGAGAAAAGGGAGAAAGAGGACAAAUUGGCCCACCAGGAAUUGCUGGCAUACCAGGGAGAAAUGGAGCACCAGGUCCUCCAGGAUAUCCGGGUGAAUCAGGCGAAAGAGGUCCAGUGGGAGAUAUUGGUUUUCCAGGGCCUGAAGGUCCUGCUGGCGUACCAGGAAAGAACGGAAAUGAUGGAUUACCAGGUUCAGUGGGAGCCCCCGGACGGCCAGGAGACAGAGGCCCAAAAGGCGAACGUGGUGACCCAGGUAUACCGGGUGAUCAAGGUCCACAAGGAGAAAGAGGAAAACCGGGGCCAUCUGGCUAUAAGGGAGAUAUGGGAACUGUGGGACCACAAGGACCUCCUGGAGACAGAGGAUACCAGGGACAUCCAGGAAAGGAUGGGCAACCUGGACCACCUGGUCGACCGGGAAUUUCAACUGAGAACAUUUUAUUUGAAGAAAUGAAAAAAUAUAUUAAACAAGAAGUUUUAAGAAUAUUUGAAGAAAGAAUGGCUGAGUUGCUAUCCCAACUCAAGUCACCAGCUGCCUUACUUGCUGCUCAAGGCCAUGGCAAACCAGGUCCACCAGGAAAUGAUGGACUGCCAGGACCACCUGGAGAUCCUGGGCCCCCAGGCCAACAAGGAUUAAGAGGGCAGAAAGGUGAAAGAGGAGAAUUUGGAAUUGGUCUUCCUGGAAGUCCUGGUCCAGCAGGCCCUACAGGUAUGCCCGGAUCACCUGGAACUCCAGGACCUUCUGGACCUUCAGGACCUCCAGGCAUAGGUGGAAGGUGUAAUCCAGUGGAUUGUUAUUAUCCUCUAUCACAUGGUCGAUCACGGCUCAAUGGAAAGUGAGCUUUCUCUGAAAACCAAUGUGAAAAAUGAUUGCAACAAUGCUGAAAAGUGACUGCCCAUUUGUACUGGAGGCCAUCUUCACAUAAGAUCACAGGCUAGGGUGUUCUUUGAAGCAAUGGGCAUUCACAUCAAAAUGCAACUACCAUACUGGAAUCUUUGGUAUUCCUUCUGACUGGUGCUCAGUAAUCUCUUUGCCACCAAAGGCACAACUUGGUGGGAGAUAAAGCCACUCUGAACCAAGAAGGAAACAUUUCUUUUCCUGGUAGUUAAAAGCAACAAACCUUUGUGACCUUACAGUGAAAGCGAAAUUCCCUAAUUGGGUUUUUAGUUGUAUUAUUUUUAUAUAUUAUAUAUGGCAAUAAGUUUGUGUAUUUGAUUGGAGGUAUUUUUCCUUCUAAAUUAUUAUACCCUUGGCUUAAGCACUUGAUGCAGUAUACACUCAGCUUUUGAUAUAACCUGGGGGAAUCUGGGCUAAAAGGAUGUAUUCUACAGCUGCUCUAAGUAUCAUGCCAAUGCCUAUUUAUAUUGACCUUCAGUAUAUGAGUACAUCAUCUUUUAUUUCAAUACACAAUUUGUAUUUGGAAGUAAUGAGUUAAUUGACAUAGAAAAGAAGCUUGCAUAUUAUUAAAAAUAGAUUUUUCAUGAGAGCUUCAAAAGAAUAUGUUUUCCUGUUAGGCAGAGGCCAAGUACCUAGACUGUUUGCUGUAAUUUUCAAGAUUUGAUGUUUGUGUUGCACAUGACCUUAAAACCACAAUAGUCUUAAGUUUUCUACCCAUGCACAGUGUUCACUUAACCAAACCUUCUCAUUUUAUGACUUCAGUGUACAGUAUAAUUAGUGACUAAAAGCAUAGAGUGACUUAUUGAGUCUCUUCUGCAUACUGUACUACUGUUUUUCUCCCUCUGUUAUUUCUAGAAAGAAAUCACUAUUUAUUCAAGUGCCAGUGGUAAUAUUUACACAUUUUCAUUCCUUAGCAAUAAUUUGCCAUUUCUGAAUGAGGAAUACCAGUGAAUUAUUCCUAGGAAAGUGGUAGUGCAGGGGUCUGCCAAUUUAUAGGGAAGGCUCUUCUAUAUCAUCUAUACUAAUGCAGGUUUGGAAACUUGGAGAGUGUGUAUGUGCUGGCCUUGCAGGAGCAAAUUUUAAAGUGAAUUUGUUGCCUGUUUUCUUUCACAGUUCUCAUAAGGCCUUAUAUUUUCUGUGAUCUCUUCAGCUCAGCACAAGAACUGUUGGCUGUGAUGCCUGACACUGUGGGGAGUGUAUCUUCUACUGAGGUUCUUUGCACUGAUAGAAAAACCAUCUCACAGUGUGGUGCUGUAGAAUCUAGGAUCACAUUUAAUGCUUGCUCAGAAUCUUCCCUUAAUUAUUGCAGCUAAUUUUGAAAAAUUAAAGGGAAGACCUGUAUACUUUUGCUGAGGAGUUACCACCUCUCUUUCUCCCCAUUUGGUAGAUAGAAGAUGCCUGUAAAGAUUUAGACCUUUGAGAGCUGGGCCACUAUAUGUGAGAUCCUAAAGAGCACUUACUUCUAGAGCAGCCGUGACCAUGUAUCAAAUAUUGAAGAAUCCAUGCAGUUUAUAACACAUUACACAGCAUAUUAUUAUAAUUGAAUCCAUACAAGUUUAUUUUAUAACUGGAUCAAGGGUGGGACAUAAAAGCAAGGAGAAACAAUAUCAAAGGCUUUAUUCCUCUUCCACAAUUGUUGCAGCUUUGUAGGUCAGUAGGCACUAAAGAAGGCGGAAAAAAUAAAUGUAAUAUAUUUUUAGGCAAUGGAUUUGAAUACAUUGCAUGGGUCAGAUACUGUACUUUGUAUUCCAUAGAACUGUGUUUUUUUCUUGUUUACUUCAAACUAUUACUGAUAGUAAUAAACGAAAGGUGCUGAUUUUUAUGCACGUUGCAUGAAUGCAAGGUUGUACAUAUAUACAAUUGAGAUGUUAAUAUUUUGAGAUUUUAAAUGUUGAAAGGAAUAUACUAUUGAGAUAUUGUUGUGUGCUCAUUGGAAUAUUUUAUUUUUUUGCUUUGUUUUAGUAUUUAAAAUAACUGAGGGGGUUAUUGUACAGCAUAUUAUGCUCAAUACUGUUUUGGGCCCAAUCUAUUACCCAUAUGACUUUUAGCUGAAUUGUAUGUAAAAUGACAUUACAUGAAUAUUCCCAAUAUUCCCAAUAUUUUGGGAUUCAUCCAAACCCAGACCCCUUUGUGAAAGAUUUGGCCAAAUACAGAACUGAAUCUGAAUCCUAAUUUGCUUAUGCAAAAAAGGCCACAGAAGGGUUAAAGAGAACAAUUGAAUGAAACAUUUUCAAUCUCUGUGUUCGGCCAGGAGAGUGGAUUCGACCAAAUCUAAAUCCUGCUGAAAAAGGCCAAAUCUUGUCCCGAAUCCUGGAUUCAGUGCAUCCCUAAUGAAUAGUUUUCUGCUUUUUAUGCCUUAUGGGGCAAGCAAGAAUUUUAGAUUCAGUACAAGGUACUGUUUUAUUAUUACAGAGAAAAAGGAAAUAUCUUUUUAAUAUUUGAAUUAUUUGAUUAAAAUUGUGUCUAUAGGAGACAGCCUUCUUGUACUUGGGAACUUUCUAGUUAAUGGGUUCCAGAAAGUAUGACACGUUUCUAUGAUAUUCAAAUUUAUAGAAUUUUUAUAAACUUACUACAAUCGACCCAUCGGGUAUAAUAGUGUUUGCCAGUUCAAAGCAAACACUUUUCGGCAAAAAAAAAUAUAUUUUCGGCUGAAUUAAACUUAAAAUGAAACUAAAUGGGAAAAAAGUCCAACUUUAAAAAUAUUACUUUCACUAUGGAAGAAAAAUAUUUUGAAUGUUAAACUGCCCGUCGAUGUUUAUUUAGUUGAAAAAGAGACAUUAUCAACAUAUUUAUUGAGUCAAUUUUAAGGAAAAAUAAACCUUUACAUGUUUA